AUGUUAGAAACAAAUGAAGUUGAUGAGGAUCUCUUUACUCCAGCACCAGGAACCUCUUUAGCAAACAUAUUUAAUAAUGAUGAGAUUGAUUUAAAUGAGGGAAAUUCGACAUUACAAUAUGUGCCACAAAUACCAACUCAAGUGUUGGUUCAAACGUCCAAUAAUACCGCUGAUAUAUCUAAAACAUCAACAAGUACAGAAUGUGUAUUUGCAACAUCAAUAUCAGCUUAUGAGUGGGUGGAUAACAAGUAUAAUCAUAGAGAGCAUUUAGGCAUUGCUUUGAUUAAGUCAAUCAAAGAUAAAACACACUCCUUAAUCAUAUACACUUCUGGAAAAAUUACACUCUCUCUUGCUAUUAUAUCUCCAUCUUUUCAUGUUGAUGUCAAGAAAGAUGUCAGUAUAUCAUACUAUGAUAAUUCCAAGAAAUACUGGCUUAUUUGUGCAGCAGCUAAAAAAAUUCAAGACUUGGUGUCGCAUUUAGCAAACCUAAAAGUUAAUAUUAAAUAUUUAACACAUCAUGAAAAGUCAUUAGUCAUUGACAAGACAUUAUCAAAACAACAGUUAAGUGAGUCUUUAGAAUUCGAUACAGACUCGUCUAAGGAUAGAAGAGAUAAAGAUUCUAUUAUUCGAAGAAUGGCAACUAUGGGACAAUCUGUAUUGCCAAUUCAUAAAAAUAUACCCGUACAGUCUACAGAUUCAUCUGAUAUUGACGAUUAUCAUCGCCCACCUUUGCCUCGACACAAACCUACUAAAAGUAUCUCAAAAAAAGAAAAGAAAGAAACUACAGGAAUAAGUGAUUUAAGGAUAAAUCAUACAGAAAGAGAGGACCUUCAUAGAAUACAAGAAAAUAAUACUGUUAUUUCUAAUGUAGAUAAUGUUAUUAAGUAUGAUACAAAUCUUAAUGAUUUAAGCAGUUUUAUAUCCGAACAAAGGUUAAAUAACAGUGAACUCAGAAUUAAUGUGAAUAGAUUGACAGAAAAAGUUGACAACAUAUUAGGAAGGACAUCUAUUAAAGAUGCAGGCGUUCAACAGACAACUCAGCAAAGUGAAAUUGUGUAUAAGUUGUUAAAAGAAUAUGAAAUUAAAAUUUUGACAUAUGAACAAUUUAUAAAGUCGAAGGGAUUUGAUUGCAACUUAUUACUUGCAAGUGAUAUAAUAAGUCGAAGUUCUGAAACUCCAGAAAGUAACAAUUUAGAAGGUAAUCAAAGCAGCAAAGAGGAUACUAAAAUUGAACAGCUGGAGACUAAAAUUCAAGAUCUUACAGAUACACUAUCACAAACUAUAGAUAAAUAUAAACAAUAUGAGACUUCUUUAUUAAAUGAUAUAACUGUUCUCAAACAAGACUUGCAAUGUAAAACAGACAUUUUACAUGAUAUAAGUACAAAUACACAAAUGUUAAUUAACAAAAGCUUCAAUAAAGAGGAUUAUAGUAUAAAAUUAAAAUCCAUAAUGAAUAAUACUUAUCAAAUAAUAUCAAACAAGUUUGAUGAUGAAACUAAUUAUACAGGAGGUGAUGUGAAAAGUAUAGUUGGAAAAAUAAUUAAGAAAACCACAAUUGACUCAUUACAUGAUGUUGACAAAGAAAUAAAAUAA